UUAAAAUGGCGGUCUCCCCCCUACAUAAGUGUCCUAUAUAGUGUGUGAUAUAACGGCUUCCAGUGCCGUAUGUAGUGCAUAGGGCGCUAGUAGUGCGAUUUGAGAUACGGCCGCUGGUUGUGGAGCCAAUUUCAACCAGGUGUGAGUCAUGGCGGAGCAGGACGAGGACAGCGUCCACACUAAGUGCAGUAAGACCCUGAUCGUGAGACAUCUUCCUGCAGAGCUGAGCCGCGAGGAGAAGGAGGAGCUGCUGGCGUAUUUCGGCGCCUCGUCAGUGCGUGUUCUCUCCGAUAAAGGCCCUCUGAAACACACUGCUUUUGCCACGUUCUCUAGUGAGACUUCAGCCUCCAGGGCUCUGAGGAGACUCCAUCAGCUGAAGAUUCUGGGACACACGCUGGUCGUGGAGUUCGCCAAAGAUCAAGAUCACGUGGUCGUGUUAAAGAGUCCGAAAGUUUCCGACAGGUUUGCUGAUGAACCAAAUGAAAAGGAGAAGAAGGAGAAUCAGCAGCCGAACGUUCCUCUCAUCGAAACCGGCAUCGCUCCCAGUCUCGGGUUAAAUUUCCAAGCAAAUCCGACACUGAAAUAUUUAUACCCUCCUCCAUCGAGUUCCAUCCUGACGAACAUCUCACACACACUCCUGAGCGUUCCCAAGUUCUACGUUCAGGUUCUUCACCUGAUGAAUAAGAUGAACCUGCCGUGUCCGUUCGGACCCGUAACCACUCCUCCUCCGGUGUACACAAUGCCUCACGAUCCGUCGCCCCUCAUGGUCCCUCCGCCCCCUACGUUACCCCCGGAGAACCCCCCACUGCCUGAGGGCACCAGCGAUGAAGAGUCAGAAUACGAGAGUGGAGAUGAUGAAGACAAAGAGAGGAUGAUCAGAAUGAUGGGGCUCAUUAACCAGCCAUGCAAACGACCUCUGAGAACAAAGAUGGCCGCCACGAGGAAGAAACCCAAGCUUAAGGACCUGCUGUUUACCCCGAAACCUGAACCGCACAGCGUUUCAGGUCCCGCUCUGAGGCCCUCCGACGUGUUCGAGCAGCCGCUCCAUCUCGGACCCAAGAAAAUCGAGUUCCACAUCCCGGCUGAGACGAGUGUGAGAGCGGAGGAGGAGGAAGAGGAAGAAGAGGAGGAAGAGACACGGGAGGAAGCAGCAGACUUAGUGGAGCAGGAAGCAGGAGGGUCGGGAUUUGGGAAGCUGUAUCCCAGCACACAGAGCUGCAGAGAGGAGGAGAGUGGAGAGAAAGAGGAUGAAAUCCCCUCUGAGUUCAUCUCCAGGAGAGAGCUGGAGAAAGGCCGACUCUCCAGAGACGAGAUGAAGAGGAUAUCUGUGUUUAAGAACUACGAACCCGGAGAACCGACAUGCAGGCUUUAUGUGAAGAACAUCGCCAAACAAGUGGAAGAAAAAGAUCUGAAGUAUAUCUACAGCAGGUACAUCGAUACCUCAUCAGAGGAUGAGAGAAACAGGUUUGAUAUUGUUUUAAUGAAGGAGGGAAGAAUGAAAGGUCAAGCCUUCAUUGGGCUCCCCAGUGAGAAAAGUGCAGAGAAGGCCUUGAGGGACACGAAUGGCUACGUCCUACACGACAAGCCCCUAGUGGUUCAAUUUGCUCGAUCGGCGAAACCCAAACAGGACACGGCGGAUUCCAAGACCGGAGCCAAAAAACACUGAGAGGGGUUCAAUAUGACGUCGGUCCACCCUUUGCAGCUAUAACAGCUUCAACUCUUCUGGGAAGGCUGUCCACAAGGUUUAGGAGUGUGUUUAUGGGAAUUUUUGACCAUUCUUCCAGAAGCGCAUUUGUGAGGUCACACACUGAUGUUGGACGAGAAGGCCUGGCUCUCAGUCUCCGCUCUAAUUCAUCCCAAAGGUGUUCUAUCGGGUUGAGGUCAGGACUCUGUGCAGGCCAGUCAAGUUCAUCCACACCAGACUCUGUCAUCCAUGUCUUUAUGGACCUUGCUUUGUGCACUGGUGUGCAGUCAUGUUGGAAGAGGACACAAUGCAGUCAGACAAGUACCGUUCUCCUGGCAACCGCCAAACCCAGACUCGUCCAUCAGAUUGCCAGAUGGAGAAGCGCGAUUCGUCACUCCAGAGAACGCGUCUCCACUGCUCUAGAGUCCAGUGGCGGCGUGCUUUACACCACUGCAUCCGACGCUUUGCAUUGCACUUGGUGAUGUAUGGCUUGGAUGCAGCU